AUGCCUUCUACCGUGUCCGACUAUUAUCAUUCAUUGGAGUCUCGAAGUGGCUACAGGCUUAUUCUAGGGGGAACGAGGCACUUUGGAUACUACAAAGAGGGAACACUAUGGCCCUUCCCUAUCGGAGCUGCCUUGCGGCGGAUGGAAGAGCGCCUCUACCUCACACUUGGCCUGAAAGACAACUCGUUGGCGCUAGAUGCCGGAACAGGUAACGGAGACGUUGCGAUAUUCAUGGCAAAAAAUGGUCUGAGAAUAAAAGCCAUUGACCUCCUUGAUAUGCAUGUGCAUUGGGCCCGAAAAAACGUCAUGCACAAGCAUUUAGGAGGCCAGAUUGAGGUAUCAAGCGGCAACUACGAGAAGCUGGACUUUGACAACGAUACAUUCGAUGGUGCCUAUACUAUGGAGACCUUGGUCCACGCUGGUGAUCCCGACCAGGCUAUGAGAGAGUUCUACCGCGUUCUGAAACCCGGUGGAGUUGUCACACAUGUCGAAUAUGAACACGACAUGGAUAACAAUCCAGUCGGACGAAGUGCUAUGCGUCGAAUCAAUGCUUACGCACACAUGCCUGCUUUUGACCAAUUUCCCUUGGGUACUAUUCAGAAAAAGCUUGAAAAUGUUGGCUUCCAAGAUGUGGAAGUCCAGGAUCUUUCCAAAAACGUCGCUCCAAUGAUGCGCUUCUUCUUCCUCUUAGCCUACAUCCCUUACCUCAUCAUCAAGUUGUUCGGCAUGGAGGCGUAUUUCGUCAACGCGAUGGCUGGUGUUGAGUUAUGGCGUCACAGCGAAGAUGUUCGGCUCUUGAUGGUCAAAGCCAGAAAGCCACUCGAGUUUUCAAAAUCGGAUGAACUGAGAAGAAGAUCAAAGGAGACGGGAAUGAAUUGA